AUGUUGCGCUGUUAAAUGGGCUUUUUGUCCCGCUUUUUUGAGAGAAAAAGCGCUGAAAAACAGCGUAAAAAUAUAAAUCAGACCCUUACAAGCUUCAGUACUCUUGAUAAAUUCACAGAAGAUGGUAUUUGUGACAAACCGGACGCUGGUGAUUCGUAUACAGUUCUUGAUAAUGUAGAUUAUUUAGAAACAGAAGAAACAGACAAGCAAUGUGAGAUGUAUGCCCUUAGCACGGGAAUGUAUGCUCUUCCAAGCACUGUAUAUGCAGGGCCAAGCAAUGUCUGCACAAUAAACAGCAACACAAGCACAGGAGGCAGUUUAUAUGAUGUUUCAAAGGGAACAAGGGGUGCAUCAGGUGCAGCAAGCACGGUUUUUUCACAAUCUCUGAGGAAACUUACAAAACUUUUUUUAAGAAAUGCAAAUACAGGCGUUGGGCCAGUAGUUGACCGAAUUUCUGUGCUUCAAGACGGGAUUUGUGUGGAACGAGGAGAAACAGAGACAGCAGGGAGUGUUUCGACGUAUUUUAUGCAAGAUGAUAAGUAUUUUCCACCCUUUGGAGUAUCUAUUAGUCGAUUGCCUGGCUACACUUUGCAACGGGAGAUAUCGAGUGAUUCAGAGAUGGUUCAGACGCAAAGUGGAGAGCCAGGAGCACGGGAGCGGUCGAUUUCAGUAAUACUUGAAAGGCUUCAUACAGGGCGGCUUGGAAAGGAUUUCUGGAUGAAGGAUGAGAACUGCUUGGCAUGUUUUUUGUGUGAUGUGAUAUUUACAAGUAAAAGAAGGGAAUAUCUUGAAGGAAUGGCUAAUAAGAAGCAGCGUGGCGUCGCCGACACCAUUGUCGUGAGUACAUGUGGACAGAUUUUUUGUUCAAAAUGUACAACAUUGAUUCCAGGAACGAGUUUUGGACAUAUCGAGUAUUUGCGUGUGUGUAAUAGGUGUAACAAAAUUAUCAAUGAGUAUGAAGGCGUAGAUAUUGAUAGGGUGGAAGGAAGGACGUUUUCAGAGAAACAUUGGUUACGAUCAAUAUCUCAGAGUCCAUUUAAACCGAAUUAUUUUAUGAAUGCGCUUUUCCCUAAAAAAAAAGCAUAUAAUGUUACAUUUUCGCCGAAAAAUACUCAACAUUCAUCACAUGAUCCAUUAAAUUUGGGUCCUUUGUCUCCGAUAUCUUUUAAGCCAGUCGAUAUUAUAGACAGUGAUGGAUCAGAUGUGAAUGAGGAUUAUUUAGCAUCUUCGUUGAAGUCCUUUAAUAUUGAUCCCCCAUGUGAUACAGUAAUUCCGUUAAAGCGGGAAUUAAUCUUACGAAGAAAAAAGAAAUGCCUUACAAAUAAAAAGAAUGACUUUGGUUUUGACUUAAAAUUGACUAAUGUAGCUUUUGAGAAUAUAAGAAAAACAUCAAAUUUAUUUUCGAAUAGUUCUAUAUUUUCAAAAACAGAUAGUGAUUUCUCAAUGCACGAAGAUCAUUCAUUUUUAGAGAGUGAAAAAUUAACAAACACAAAUCAGGGGGAAAAGGGACUUAUAAAGGCUAGUCAAUACAUAAAAGGGCAGAAAAGGCCAAAUAAAAAGUACGAAGAUUCUCAUGUUUUAAUUGAAUAUCCAAAAGAUAUAGAAAUUUCUAAAAGUACAUAUUUUACCCAGUCUUUUUCUAAUAUUUCUCUAAAAAUUUCUCAAAAAUUAUCACAAAAUGGUACAUUUUCGAAAGCAAUAGAUACAAAUUCAUUUUCUUUAUUUUAUAUCCGGGAACUUUUGAAACAGUUAUUAUCAGAUUUUAAUGUAUCUUUUGUUUCAGAUUGGGAACAGGUUUUAACUCCAAUAUUGUUUAAAAUUGUUGAUAACAUUAAUCCUAAUAUUCGAAAUGGUGAUGAUAUCGACAUACGGCAUUAUGUAAAAAUUAAAAAAAUUUUAGGAGGUAGUCCAGCAUUAAGUUGUUAUGUUCAGGGUCUUGUGUUUACAAAAAAACUUGCGUUAAAAAAAAUGAACACUUCUUUGAUAAAUCCGAGAGUUGUUUUAAUUGCUUUUCCGAUUGAAUAUCAUCGUACAGAAGCUCAUUUUAUGUCAUUAGAUCCUGUUAUAGCUCAGGAAAAAGAAUAUCUUCGAAAUCUUGUAAACAGAAUAAUUGCAUUACAUCCUACCAUAUUAUUUGUUGAAAAAAGCGUUUCGGGGCUAGCUAUGCAAUAUUUAUCUGAAAGUAACAUUGUUGUUGCGUCAAAUGUAAAACCGUCCGUUAUUCAAGCAAUUUCUCGUUGUACAAGAGCAGAUAUUAUUUCAUCAAUUGACAAACUUGCAUUAUCACCUAGAGUCGGGAGAUGUGCUUAUUUUAAUUUAAAAACUUUUGUUAAUCAAAAUUCUUCAAAUACCAAAAAAACGUUUAUAUUUUUAGAAGGAUGUCCAAAAGAUCUUGGGUGUACAGUUAUUCUUCGUGGAUCAACAUUUCAAGAACUUUCUCUUAUAAAACAAGUGGUAGAAUUGAUGACAUAUGUAGUUUAUAACUUAAAAUUGGAAACAUGUCUUAUGAGAGAUCAUUUCAUUUUAUUAUCAGAUAUAUCAUCGAAUCAAUAUAUACCAAAUUUUUCGAAAAAGACCAAUUCUGUAAAUGACAAUGUCCAUGGAACAUCGUAUGAUGCUAUUAUAAGUGCAUUUGAAGCGAGACUUUUAUCUGCGUCGCCUUAUGUUAAAUUCCCUCCUCCAUACAUGCUUCUAAAAGCUCGGGAUUCAGAGAGAUAUCUUAAAGCAUUACUUAAUAAUGAAAAAUCAGAUACGCUGGAUCAAAAGAUUCAUACUCUUUUAAAAGAAAUUGAUGCUUCUGAUAAUGAUCAUUUAUUAUUAAAUGCAAAUGUAGAAGGAAUAUUAAAAAAUUCCGAGAUUGAGAAAUUACAACAAGAACUUAAAGUUCAAGAAAAAAAUUGGAAAUCUUAUUUUGUUCAAGAUAUUGGUAUUGCUAAUCCCUUUUCUCAACAGGGUCUUGCUGUACUUUAUUCUAGUGUAUGUACAGCAUCUGCGAUUCCUUGUAAAGGGCCUGCUAUGAAUAUCAUUGAAUAUUAUCGUGAAACGGAUUGUACUUUAGGUCAAUAUAUUGAAGAUAUGUGUUCAACUGUUAACAUCAUCUGUAAUGCAAAUCUUUGUGGAAAAAAGCUUUUUGAACAUCAUCAAUGUUAUGUUCAUGAUUAUGCUCGUAUUACUGUUGUUAUACAGGAAUUAAACUAUUUUGUUCCUGAAAUGCAGAAAAACAUUCUCAUUUGGAGUUAUUGUAAAAUUUGUAAAAAAAAUACACCAAUGAUACCCAUGUCUGAUAAUACUUGGAAAUAUUCAUUUGGGAAAUAUUUAGAGUUGACAUUUUAUAGCAUUGCUUUAUGUAGUAGACUCGAUGCCUGCAAUCAUGAUAUAAAUAAGGAUCGUAUUCGUUGCUUUGGAUAUCAAAAUUUUGUGAUAAAAUUUCAAUUUGAUUAUAUAGAGCUCUAUGGUCUUUCAUUACCUCAAACUGAAAUAAUAUGGAAGCCAGAAGAAUGGAUUCGGAUGAAAUUGGAAGAAUAUAAUUCAAUAAAAUCAAAAAUAGAAAAAUUUUGUGACUCCGUUGAGAUUAGAUUGAAUAGUAUUACGUUAGACGCUAUGCCAUUGGAUAAGUUCGAAGUAUGUAGGCUUGGGAUAGAUCGUUUUAGGAAAAAAAUUAAAGAAGAGAGAAUAUUUUUACUAGAUUUAUUGAAAAAUUCAUUUGAAAAUUCCCAUCCUUUGAAAAUUUUACCUCUUAAUCGUGUUUUAAGAACUAUACAAGAAAUGGUUGUUCAAUGGGACUUUGAUUUCAAUGAAUUUGAUAAAAACUUUUUUCCAUCUGAAAAAGAUUUACGACGGUUUACUUCUUUACAUCUAAGAAAGUUCUUUAUGGAUAAAGAUUUUAUUUCAGAUAGUAAUUAUUCUAAAGGUUUAGAAGUUUCCGGAAAUCAGAGUUCCAAUAUUGAAGAUAAAUUAUUAAAAAGAGAUAAAGAUGGUCUUUUAAUAAUAAAAAGAACAUCUAGCGAAAAAAAAUUAAAAUUUAUAUCUUCUAGUGAAUCUAAUCUUUCAUUGAAUAGUAGAGAUAAUAUAGAUACUGAUAUUCCUAAUGUUAAAAAAGAAAUAAUAAAAACCUCUUCUCCAAAACAGGUCACCGUUUUUGCUGAAAAUGCGUACAAUGUAAUAGAUGAUAAUUUAGGUGAAAAAGUAUACGAGUUUUCAGAUAAUAAUGAUAAAUUUUCUCAAAAAAUACAAGAUUUUAAUGAUAGUUACCAGGAAAUGGAUUUAUUAAAUAAUAAAAAGCCUGUUGAUACUGAAACCAAUGUUCUUUAUGAUAAUUCUUUAAAUUUUUCUGAAAAGUUAAGCAUGCAAGGAGAGAGAACUACUUUUCCUGUUUCAUCUUUUGGGAGUUUUCCUUUUAAAAAUUCUUUUUUUAGAAAGAAUUUUAUAAAAAUUCUUAAACUUGAUCAUAAAUUUUCUGGACAUAAUUUUAAAAAAGAUAAUGUUUUUCAAGAUAUUUCAAAGUUAAAGAAUGUUAAUUUUCAGCCUGUUUUUAAAUAUCAAAAAAAUUUAGAUACACAAUUUAAUUCUCAAAUUCCGGAAAACUUUAGUGAAAAUAACAUUCUUAAUUUUUCUAAUGAUUUUGAACAGUUUAAUAGAGAAUUCGAAAAUCAGCAAACUCAAAGGCAUUUGAAAAUCAAAAAGAAUUAUGCGUUUCCUCCUUCAUCAUCAAGACCUAUUGUAGAAGUUUUUCAAAAUGUUCAGGAAGCUGUUAAUGAGGCUUCAGAUGAUGAAAUUCCUAUUAACGAGCAAAAAAAAAUUAUGAAAAGAAAUAAACAAUUUAGUUUAAAUAAAAAAGGGAAAAGGAAAAUGAGAAGGUCUAGAACCAUUGAUUCAUUUAACUUAUAUGGAAAUAAUAUGGAUCUUGAAAACUCGGAAAAAGACUCUGAUCUUUCUUCUUUGGAAAUUCUCUAUACUUCUGCAGAACGUUUUAAAUUUCCCGAUGAUGAUAUCGCUGAUGAAAUUCCUACACACGGAGCUGAGAGAAUAUCACUUAUGAAAGCUUUAUUUGCAUUUUGGGUUGAUAGAGCUACUGUCGGAUGGUCUGCAUUGAAUUAUCCUCUCAACCCAUCUGAACAUGUAUUUACUGAUUCAGAUAUAAUUGUUCGAGAAGAUGAACCUAGUUCUCUUAUUGCAUUUAUAUUAAGUUCUGCUGACUAUUUGGAUAAACUUAAAGAAAUGGAACAUAUUAAAGUUCUUCAUACUAUAUUUGGAAAUUCAGAAACUGAUGAAAAAAUAAAAGAUUUGAAAAAUUUAACUAAAAAACCUUUAGAAGAUGCUUUAUUAAAGCCUAUGGGAACUCAUUUAAAAUAUCAAUUUCAGGAGGGUUCUGCACGAUUGUUUUGUAAGGUAUUUUAUGCAGAACAAUUUGAUGCAUUUAGGCGUGCAUGUAAUUGUGAUGAAAAUUAUCUUUCAUCUCUUUCAAGAUGUUUUAAAUGGGAUUCUUCUGGAGGGAAGUCAGGUUCAGUGUUUCUUAAAACUCGAGAUGACAGAUUAGUUUUGAAGCAAUUGUCUCGCUUGGAAACAGAAGCUUUUAUAAAAUUUGCACCUUCUUAUUUCGAAUAUAUGUCUCAGGCAUUCUUUCAUGAAUUACCUACUGCAAUGGCAAAAAUUAUUGGAUUUUAUCAGAUAGGUUCUCGGAAUCCUCAUACAGGAAAGGUUACAAAAAUGGAUGUAUUAGUAACAGAAAAUUUGUUUUAUGGAAGAAAAACAUCUCGGAUUUUUGAUUUAAAGGGUUCGAUGAGAAAUAGGCAUGUGCAAUCAACUGGUAAAGAAAAUGAGGUUUUGUUAGAUGAAAAUUUAGUUGAAUUUAUUUAUGAUUCUCCAUUGUUUAUUCGUGAACAUUUUAAAAAAAUUUUAAGGGCAUCUUUAUGGAAUGAUACUUUGUUUUUAGCAAAAAUGAAUGUUAUGGAUUAUUCUAUGGUUGUAGGUAUUGAUGAUGAAAAACAGGAAUUGAUUGUGGGGAUUAUUGAUUGUAUUCGUACUUAUACUUGGGAUAAAAAGUUGGAAAGUUGGGUUAAGGAAAAAGGUUUAGUAGGCGGUGGUGGAAAAGAACCCACUGUUGUAACUCCCCGUCAAUAUAAAAAUAGAUUUAGAGAAGCAAUGGAUUCGUACGCUUAUUUGCUUGUUUUUCUUUUAGCUAAUAGCAUUUUAGGUAUAUUUAUGGUUCACCAAGUUGUUGGUAUUUUUAUGAAAGUGCAUUGGGGCUUAAGGUUUAAUUUUGAAACAUAA